CCGUUUUGUGUCUCAUUCUAUUUCAACAUAUCAUUUGUUUCCACACGUCAUCUUUUUUAGACCAUCCAAAUUCCUCUCCACUUCCGUUCAUCACCCAACAUGCAGAGGCUUGUAACAAGAAGUGCAAAGUGUGUGGGAGAUGUACGAGGUUUAUUAACACAACAACGUUGUUGUUAUUCUCAAUUAGGCUUAGCAACAUCUAAAAAGGAUGAUGAUCAUAUGAUCAUUAAUCCUAAGAUGCCUCACUUCGACUACUCUCCACCACCAUAUGAUGGACCCACUGGCGAUGAAAUCUUGAACAAACGAAAGGAGUUUCUUAGCCCUUCUAUGUUUCACUUGUAUCAAAAACCGCUGAAUUUGGUACAUGGAAAGAUGCAAUACUUAUUUGACAGCAAUGGACGUAGAUAUCUUGAUGCAUUUGGAGGAAUUGCAACUGUAUCUUGUGGGCACUGCCACCCUGAUGUGGUAGAGGCUAUCGUAAACCAAACCAAACGCUUACAGCACUCAACUAUCUUAUACCUUAAUCACGCGAUUACUGAUUUUGCUGAGGCACUUGCUUCUAAAUUACCUGGUGAUCUCAAGGUUGUGUUCUUUACUAAUUCUGGGACUGAGGCAAAUGAAUUAGCAAUCAUGAUGGCAAGACAAUACACCAAUUGUCAUGAUAUCAUCUCUUUAAGGAAUGCUUACCAUGGAAAUGCAGGUGUCACUAUGAGCACCACCGGGCAAAGCAUAUGGAAGUUCAACAUAGUACAGAGUGGAGUUCAUCAUGCCAUAAAUCCUGAUCCAUACAGAGGUGUUUUCGGUUCUGAUGGGGAGAAGUAUGCAGAGGACGUUGAAGAUCUUAUCCAAUCCGCAACAUCUGGGAGGGUUGCUGCUUUUAUGUCUGAAGCUAUACAGGGUGUUGGUGGGAUAGUUGAAUUGGCUCCAGGUUACUUGCCUGCUGCAUACAGCACUAUACGAAAAGCUGGAGGCCUUUGCAUUGCAGAUGAGGUUCAAGCUGGAUUUGCUCGAACCGGAAGCAACUUCUGGGGAUUUGAGAACCAAGGAGUGGUUCCUGACAUAGUGACAAUGGCAAAAGGCAUUGGAAAUGGAAUACCCCUUGGGGCUGUGGUAACAACUCCCGAGAUUGCACGGGUCUUGACUCCUAGUCAUCAUAAUUACUUCAACACAUUUGGUGGAAAUCCCGUGUGUACUGCUGCAGGACUUGCUGUCCUUAAUGUGAUUGAAAAAGAGAAGCUUCAAGAAAAUGCCCGUGUUGUUGGUUCCUACUUGAAAGAGCGCCUUAUGGAUUUAAAAAAUAAGCAUGAAAUUGUUGGUGAUGUGAGGGGAAGAGGACUGCUUCUAGGCGUCGAACUAGUCACUGACCGCAAACUGAAAACUCCUGCAAAAGUUGAAACUCUGCAUAUCAUGGACAAGAUGAAAGAUAUGGGAGUACUAGUUGGCAAGGGUGGAUUCCGUGGAAAUAUCUUCAGAAUUACUCCUCCACUUUGUUUCACUAAAGAAGAUGCAGAUUUUCUAGUUGAUGUCAUGGAUUGUGCAAUGUCAAAGAUAUAAUGGCUCCUCUUCACUACACGCGUACAUGCGUUCAAGAUGCUACACUAUAACAGUUUGGCAAUUACAUUAUCUCGUAUAUGAUAAUGCCAUAGUUAAUGGAACUCUUUCAUACAGCUUUUAUCUUCAUAUGUCAGUUGAAAAUCAAUAGCCAAAUGUAUCUGUAUGGCCUACUUAAGUACGUACUGUACCAAACGAUCAUAUAAUAUGUGAGUCAACAGCUCGUUGUCUCU